UUUAAUACUUUGUGUGGCCUUAUCGCAAUGGCGGAGUUAAGCCCUGGAUUCCAUAUAAUUUAAUCUCCGUGGAAAAUAUUCGAGACAAUUAAGAAAUCAAGAUGGCACAUGAGAAACAUUUAAAGAACAACAAAUACCGGCAGUGGGUCAAGGCUGGCCUAGGCUUGGGUUAUCUUAAAGAGGGACUUGCGCCAUUUUGUGAUGACAUUGGAAGACAGCAGCACAAAGAUAUUAUAAACCAAAUACAACAAACAAAAACUCCUCAACCAAACAUACCAUGUGGCGCCUGUCUGAUAACAACUCUCCAGCCAGAUCAUGUCCGAGUCUCAAAAGGAAUAUGUCCCCUCAAUCAAGAUAAAUGUAACUGUUGCUUUCCAAAUAAUAAGAGACCCUGUCCAAACAAUGUAUGUGGUGCCAUCUAUGACAGCAUUAUACAGUAUCAUGCAUCAAUGCCACCGGCACCUUUUUGGAAAAACAGUGAUGUCCAACAGUGGUCAACAGAACCGUGGGAGGUUUGCAAAUGUUUUAUAAAUGCUCCUGGGUACAAGGACAAGACAUCAGCAGUCGACACUGAUUGCACUGGGUUGCUUCAUGUUAUCAUAAAUAACAAGUACUUUCAUAGUCACAUUGGAUGCAAUGUUACAGGACCAAACAAUCUUUUUUCAAAGGUACGGCAGUACCGGAACGAAAUUUUUCACUCUAGCACUAUGGAGUUAGAGGAGAGUAAGGCUAAUUCAUAUAUUGAUGAUAUGAUAGCUGUUCUACAAGAUAGUAUGGAACUUUUACAUCGACAAGAUGCACAACAAGCUGUCGGGAAAUUUCAAGAUCUAAAGCAAAAAGACUUUGUUAUCACUACUGAAUGCUCUGAAGAAAUUUUGAAACAAAUCAAAGAUGAAAUGACAAAAAUGCGGGAAAUUACCGAAAAUGCUGCAACUAAAGAGGAAUAUGAGGAGCUCAAAAAUAAAUUUAUUGAACUUGAAAGACAGUUGGGAAAAGAAAGAGAGGGACAACUUGAGGCUGGGAAAGAACAGAAAAGAAAGUUUACUGAACUAGAGGCAGUUAUAACAGAGCAAAAACAGGAGAUAAAAAGACUCAAGGUAGAAGAUUCUCCUCAACAAAAACAGUUAGAGUAUGAAAAGGCUAAAUCAGGUUGUCGUACUCAAUUGAUAAAACAUUAUCGCAGUGAUGUGCUUAAAGUAUCAGCAAUACCUUUACAACCAGAUGAGGAAAAUUAUAACUUCAGUGACGUUUAUAUAAGACCCACUAUAAAAAUAAAGAUAGAAAAAAACAGAGGGGAGUCUGAGGAAAAAGAUAUAGAGUCCAUGUCAGAGAUUUUCACAAAGAACGGGGAACCACAGAAAUUUAUUUAUGUUGUUGGAGAUGCAGGGUCUGGUAAGAGUAGUUUCUGUAAAUAUUUGAUCAACUGUUGGUGUAUGGCACACAGUGAUGGACACAAUGAAGAUAAUGAGUUUGAAGGAGUCAAGGAAAUGAAGAAAUUUGAUUUCAUGUUUUAUAUUUCUCUUAGACAUAACAUAAAGAUCCGAAGUAUCCAAGAAAUGCUUGAAAUGCGAUAUGAUAAGAUAAAAAAAUUAAGUAAACUUCUGGAAAAUGAUUCUGAAAAGAUUAUUAUUUUGCUUGACGGUUUAGAUGAAUGGUCUUUUGACAGUGAGACUAGGAAUGAGUUCCAGGCAGGCCUUCCGGAACGUGAUUUUACAAAGAAAUACACCAUUGUUACUACAUCACGGCCAUGGAAAAUUCACAGUUUGAGAGUAAGUAAUAGAGAGAUUCAUCAAUUAUUGAAAUUAAAGGGGUUUGACGAAACACAUGAAAAAGAAAUGAUUAGGAAAACAAUAACAGCAUUGAACGAAUCAUUAGAUCCUAAUUUGUGUGAACAAGAGCUUAGGAUACCGUCUGUGGUUGGCCUGAAACAGGUACCAAUUAUGCUGCAGCAAUUGAUUUGUUUAUGGUGCGAUGGUAAACUCGAUAAAACCUCAAGGUGUGCUAUUUAUACUGGUAUGUUAGAACUUUAUUUCACCUGGAAUAUCAAUAAAACUUUAGGAAAUAAUACAGAAUAUAUGGAAAGUUCUGAGAAUGUUGAACUCCCUCAGUAUUUAACAGAUGUAGAGAUAUGUAGAUUAAGUAGUCUUCUUAUAUAUGGUGUGUCGCACUUGGCUUAUGAGACAUUGUUCAAUUAUCCGAAGGAUAAGUCCUUAACAUUCGACAAAUCUGUGUUUGAUGAUUUGAAAAUAUCACAAAAAGUGCAAGAAACAUGUCUGAAACUGGGAAUUUUGACAGAAGAUAAAUGUCCUUCUUUAUCUGUAUCUAAACCUAAAAGCUCAUUGUUCUCUUUUAUUCACAAAACAAUGCAAGAAUUUCUGGCUGCAGUGUAUAUUGGUAUCAAUUUCAAUGCAAAAAUUGGUUCGUCAGAUAGUACAGGAAACGUUGAAUUAGCCAAAAAGUUUAUUGAUGAGGUUUUUCAGAAAUGUGCAACAGUAAAUGACAUAUUAGAGCAGUCAAAUGUUAUCAUUAUGCUAUCUGGUCUUGAACCUAGAUUAGCAAUACAUGUUUCAAAAUACACAUAUGAUACUGUGUCAGAAGACUCUCGUGUUCAAGAAUACAGGAGAACAAUAAGUAGUAACAUUUAUAGCCAUCAUACUUGUAUUACUGAUAUUCAAGAGCUUAUGUUUGACUCAAUGAAAGAAUUAAAUGCAUCAUGUAGUAAAGGAAGUAAUCAUGUAUCUUAUAUAGAAGAUUUGGUCAUUGAUGAUAGUGAUGAUUGUGAUAUUGUUUGUUUAAGUAUUGAUCAGCAUCAAAUUAUUCCUAACUCUGUUCUGUCUAUUUAUGUACAUAACAUCAACACGGAUAAUGUUAAAUUUACAAAAUAUUUACCAAUGUUUCAUCAUCUUGAAAAAAUUGAAAUAGAAUAUGGAUUUGAAUCACAAAGGUUAUCAAGUACACAAAGUGAUAGUACACAGAGUAAUGAACAGAUGAUUGAUGAGAUGAACAAUUGUGUUUCUGAGACAAUUAAAGUAAAUACUUUAACAUUAAAAGCUCUGUCUCUUGAGCAUGUCUCUUACACUGGCAAGUAUUACCCAGUGUGUAAAACAGUUAGUUGUAACCUACCUAGUAUGAUCAAUCUUGUAGCAAUAAGUAUGCGUCAUAUAACAAUGAGUCAUGAUGAUACUACUACACUUUGUAAUUUUCUUGAGACAACCAGUCAUCUUGAACACAUACAUCUUUAUGAAGUUAAAUGUGAGUGUGAGAACCAGCAUGAUGUAAAUUUAUCAAAACAUCAACAACUUCAGUACCUUUAUUUAUAUGAUUCUGUAAGUGUGAGAGAUGCUGAUACUACAAACCUUGAAAUAUUUAAAUUUGAUGAAUUGAAAAAUAGUAAUUAUGAGAAAAUAUUUGAUAUUAUUAGAAAAUCUAACAAAUUAAAAGAACUAAACUUGUUCGGAGAAUAUGACAAAAGAUUUCGAUUAUAUCAUACCAACAUGACAAAGAGACUAGUCAUAGUAUUACCAUUGUUACACAAUCUCAGUAAGCUUGAGUUAUGGUAUUGUAGGUUAACUGACAAUAUAAUACAGUUACCUUUAGAGAUGAAGAGUUUAAAGCACAUUGAGCUUUAUGAAGUCGUUAUGAGUUUGACAACAUGGCAGAUGUUUGUUGAUAGUCUUCCUAGUAUUCCUCAUACUGUAGAUGUUAGUUUAGAGAACUGUUAUAUUACAGGAGAUGGUGAGGAGUUUAAUGAUGAUAGGUUUACAUGGACAUCACAAGGAUUUGAAGGAGGGAAGGAAAAUGAUGCUUUACAGUAUGUAAAGGAUCAGUUAUUUCAUGUUAAACGUGAUGGUCGUAUUUGGUUUGAAUUUUCAACAAAAAAGUGAUUAAAGAUACACGAAGUUAAAAACAUAGUGUUUAAACUAAACGAUUUCUUGUUAAAAGAGAUGAUAAAUUUGGUUUUUCAUUUUUGAAAAAAAAUUGAUCUGAAUUUUUAACAUAGUGAGAUAGAAUACAUGCAGUUAACAUAGUGCUUUAUCUAAAUUAUUUCACGAUAAAAGACAUAAUUAAUCAGCAAAAAAUGAUACUAAAGUUACAUAUUGAUAUGUUAAAUAAUGAAUAUAAUACAAUAUGAUAAAUACCAAUAAUCAAAAACAGUGCAUUAAAUAUCAAUUUCUGAUCAUUGUAGUAAUAUUGAAAAUGAUGAAAGUAAUAUUCAAAUGUGUAAUUAAAUAAAUAAAUAAAUGAAAGAAAUGCAGUGAAAUAUAAAGAAAAUAUAGGUAACUGUUUUUUUAAAGAUCAGGGAUAGUUUGUGAAAAGUAUAAUUUGAAAAAGUAAUAGGUUCUUUGAAUUAUAAAUACAUAAAUAGAUAAACAGAUUAGCAAGUAAAUAAAUUAAUGAAUAAGUAAAUAUAAUAAGUAAUUUGAA